AUGGACAAUGGGGCUGAUCGAGAGUGCAGCCUGGCAGGUGGGAUCCAGCCCCACAGGGGUGCUCUGGUGAGGGGCAGGUGCCCCCCAGCCUGCGGGAGUGAGCGGUUCCCUUCACCCCUUUGCCAGCAGCUACUGCGGUCAAGGAAAGAUGCAAAUGCUGCAUUGCUGAGUAACCUUGAGGUGUUCCAGCUAUUAACCGAACUUAAGCAGCAGCGCAAAGAUAGUGGAAAACACAAACAGAGCUCUGGCCAGCAAAAUCUGAACACCAUUAUGUAUGAAACAUUAAAAUACAUAUCCAAAACACCGUGCAGAUUCCAAAGUCCUGAGGUUGUAAGAGAUUUCCUCAUAGCAACGAAAGGCCAUAAACUAACCAAAGCAGAGAAGCUACAGUUGCUUAACCACAGGCCAAUGACUGCAGUUGAGAUACAGCUGAUGGUAGAGGAAAGUGAAGAAAGGUUAACAGAAGAGCAAAUUGAGUCACUUCUUCAGACAGUCUCCAGCAUUCUUCCAGGGAACCCAGAGGAAGAGCUUCAGAGACCGUCGGCAAUGGGAGCUGAAGAAGAAGGUGACCCAGAAUAGACGGCAUCUGACCCAAAGUUGGCAACAUCAUCAAAAACUUAGUGGGAAAAGAACCAGCUAAACUUUUUGAUUACAAAGACCAUGUCUGGAGGUUUCAUAAGAGUAACUGUUGUUUACAAGAAACAUAAAUCAAAGGAGAUCUUUCAUGUCAGCCUUUUGUGAGCUAUGAGAAAGAUAGUAACGGGCUUCAUAACACAGCGGUUUGAAAAAUAGGGAAAACAAACCUUAAGCUUUAAUAUUCUAUUUUUCAAUUACCCAUGUAACAGUUCUCUUCUGAGCAGGAUUAUAGGCAACUGGCAAUGUUUUAAUUAUCAUAGCAAUAUACUAUAAUUAUAACUGCUUUCAUAUGUUUUUGAAUUACUCAGAUGUUUACAAUGCAGUGCCUAAUUCUGUGCAGAAAAAGCCAUUUUAUGGUAUCAAUACAUAAUUAGAAUGAAGUUCAGAAGUUAUUAAAUAACCAUAUAAAAUCAGCUGUAAUAGAUCCUUGCAGCUUAUACCAUGAGAGUGGAAAGAAUGUAAAGGUUAUGCUGAUAUGGUAACUGGUAUCAACGACACCUUGGAUAUGACCCUAUGUUUCUUUUAAAUAUAGAGCCAAAUCCCUUGCUGAUGUAAAAGGACAGAAUCCCAAAGUCAGUAGAGCUGUUCUUAUUCACACCAGCUGAGGAUUUGGCCCAUAAUGUUGGGGUUCUUAGUAAUGCAGACAACAGGCAUUUAGAAGGUUAAGCCUGCUUUUUUUCCUUUGACUCACCUGUUGUCUAGGCAGAGUAGUGUGCAGUCCACAUGAGCUAUGAUACUGUGGCACAACUGGGUGAUUUAACAAUGACAUGGCAACUUUAACUAUGAAUUUCCCUGUUUUGUUUUCAGAAGUUUAACAAGGCUCAGUCCUUGCCCAAGCAAAACUUCCACUGGAGUCAGGAGUUUUUAUCUGAUCACAGACAACAGGCUCAAACACUUAAUGUUGGAAAUGUUAGAGGUUGUUAAAUCACAUCAUAUAUCUGCACCAGCAUCAGUGUGGUUUUAUGAUGAAAGUUGAAAAUGUGUUGCUUGGAUUGCUAGGAAACAGCCCAUUUACUACAUUUUUAAAUUUAACAAUAAAUCAUUUCCAGAUGAAUGAUGAUAGUUACUUUUGUACAAAUAAAGAAUAGUCUACUUAGCUCAGUGAAGACACAAAAAAGAUUUGGAAGUAUUUUGCCAAAUGGAAGUAUUUUGUGAAUGGCUAUAUAGGUUUUCAACAUGUGCACUGCAUUAAGGAAUUUUGUUUUAAAUCUGCUGCUUGUAUUCUCUGACUGCACAAAUACAGGUGGUGGAUGCUGGAACUAUAAA